CAGCCAGUCAGGCUUGACAGGAAUAGCACCUCCUUUUGCCUCCCUUUCUGUUUUAUUUUUUACAUGGCCAAGUAGCAGUGCUGAAGGAAAGAAGGAUAGGGGGAGGGAAGGAGGGUGGCGUUUGGGGUCUGCUGGGCUGGGUCUCUGCCUGCCUCCGCCUUCUCACUCCCUCUCGCCUCCCUCCCUCUCGCAGACAACCCAACAAUAGCAGCAGCAGCAGCUCGGAGUGGAGUGGGCCUAGGCCUCGCAGGAGGAUGCUCAAAAGGAGGAGGCCGAGUGGAGGGUGAGAACAACUAAAGAAGGUCGUGGAGAUUUGGCCAGCUAUAGUGAUCACUGCCAGGUCAUUGUAAAAGGAAAUGAUGUCUGAAACCAAGCUGCAUGGUGAGACGAAGCCAGAAGGAGGUGGUGGUGAGCCAAUGACAACACAGGAACUUCUUCAGAGACUCCAUGAGCUGGAGGCAGAGAACUCAGCUUUAGCCCAAGCCAAUGAGAACCAGCGAGAGACGUAUGAACGCUGCCUGGAUGAGGUAGCCAAUCAUGUGGUGCAAGCGCUUUUGAAUCAAAAGGACCUUCGUGAAGAAUGUAUCAAGCUGAAAAAGCGGGUCUUUGACCUUGAGAGGCAGAACCAGGCCCUCAGUGACCUCUUCCACCAGAAGCUGACCUCUGGCCCUCUCUCCCAGCUCCCAGCCCAUCAGGCUUCUUUACUCUCGGUCCCAUCAUCUGGCUCCCAACCAGACACAGUAGACAAGCUCCCAACUUCAUUCUCCAUGGGACGCUGCAUCUUGCAGAGAGAGGUUAUCUCUGAGGAACCCUGUGUCAACACUCCUGUACCCAACACUGCCCAGGCCCUGGAAGCUCUGUCCCCCUUCCUGCGCAAGAAGGCCCAAAUCCUGGAGGUGCUUCGCUCUCUGGAAGAGAUGGACCCUCUCCUUGCCUUCCCUUCCCCUUGGAGAGACGCUGGGCAGCUGAGUUCCCCAGAGGGUGUGACUGCUGAAGCCUGGCCAUGCCUGCUACUGGCUCAGGGAGAAUCAAUGCCAAGGCAUCCUCCCUUGAAAGGAGAGGGCAGCUCUUCCUCCUCUUCAGAUGAAGCUGCUGAAUCAGACCCUGCUGAAAGAGGGCACCCCGGGCAGGUGCUGCUGAGUGCUCUGGCUGAGCACAAGUUGGACCUGGGUGAAGUGGAGACUUAUCUGCAGCAAGUCCUGAGGGAGGCGGGCGACAGUGUCCUACUCAAUGGGGAACCCAAUGGACCUUGCCUGGUGGGGGCACCCAAGGGCCAGGUCAGCAGCUACAAGCACAUCCAGGCUGUCAGUUGCCUGGAGGCUUUGGGACCUGCCCCCGUCUGCAUGGAGCCAGCCUACCUUGAUGUCUUAUCACCAAGUGAGGGCAAGGACAAGUCUCAGCAAGGCCCACCUAUCCCCUCUCCUUCCAAGGUCCUCAAGUUGCUGAAAAUGCCUCCACCGCCCAGCCCAGCUGCCCUCCGACUCAGCCCCCAACUUACCCGCAGUUCCAAAAUCCCCUGCCGUAGCAACACCUAUGAGGUGUACCACUCUCCAACACCCAGCCGCAAGGGGUCCCCUGACAGUCCCUUCCCCACGGAGUCCAGUAUCGCUGGAGGGCAGCCCUCUCCCAAGUCUGCUCGGCACCUUGUUCCUGUGCCUCCCAAAGUCACACCCACUUCCCCAGAUCCCUUUGGCUACCACAAACCACACGAAUAUGAGAACAUCUUGGAGCUCUCCCUCAGCAGUGUCAUAGGUGCUCAUUCCCACCCAAUACGAGAUACCAAGCAAGAUGUGCCAGAAGGACUUCCACCUACCUGUCGCUCAGCGCCUCCUCAGGCCAUGCCACCCUGUGAGGCCUCUCUGGAACCUUGCCCCUCUGCCAGCGGACGAGAGAAGCCAAGCUCUGAGGGCAGACACUCUCCACCUGUUGCUCGUCGGAACCCUGACAACUCCAAAAAGGCUGCAAGUGGCCCAAGCAAGCGAACCACGCCCGAGGCAGCCAACAUGCCUUUCAAAGAACGACUCACAGUUCUUGGGCGGUUGAAGGGAGCUGAAGGAAAGGAGAUUGCAAGCUUUGAGAAGGGGAGGGCCCCAGCUCGACCCUGCGAACGUCCUGAAGGUCUUGCUGACACCCACUCCCGGCUGGGUAGUGGGAGCAGCAGCCUCAAGUAUCAUGAGCCUUGCCACGGUGGCGAACCAACCCCCCGGUGCUACUCUUCUCAUUCUGUCGGUUCCCGUGGGAAUGACCCUGAGCACCAUGGCUCCAAGAAUCGUCUGUUGGGAACACCGGUAUCAAGGAAUCCAGCCAAGCCUCCACCACCUGGGAAAAAUGGUAAGAGUCCUCAUGGGAGUCCAACAAAAUUACCCUCCAAAUCACCCACGAAACCCCCUGUGCAAGAACCCAAGCCAUGUCCGCAACCAGCCAAACCACCCACCAGCAUUGGACGGAAGAACCAGACUUGUCCUGAUCCACCUAAGGGCAAAGCUGGGCUCCCAGCUAGCAUUGAAGAGAAGGUCAUGAAAGGCAUUGAGGAGAAUGUUCUGCGGAGGCACAAAGGAGGCCCAGCAGCAGGUGAGACCAAGCAAAAGAACUCGAGCGGCAUAGCCAGCUGGUUUGGUCUGCGCAAAAGCAAACUGCCUGCCCUUAGCCGAAGGCCUGAGCCCCCCAAGGUCAAGGAGGGCAAGUUAGCUUCUCGUCGUUUGGAAGCCGAGAGCCUCAACAUUUCCAAACUCAUGGAGAAAGCAGAAGAUCUGCGUAAAGCCCUGGAGGAGGAAAAGGCCUACAUCAAUGGGCUGGCUCUGGACAAGCCUCGGCCCCAUGCCUGUGACACCGGCCACAGCCAGCUCACCCUCAUGUACCAGGAGGUAACAGCAGAGAACUUCAUGCAGCAGCUGCUCAAUAGGGUGGAUGGGAAGGAGGUCCCAUUUGAGACUCACCUGGAGCAGAAGAAUGAGCUGCAGGGCCUGCAGAGAGGCCUACGUGAUGCCAAAGAUCCCCGCUUAAUCCGGGCUCCUCGUAAUGGCAUUGUGGGACACCUUCAUUCCUGCCCAGAGGUCCCUGAUAAGCUUCGCAAUGCAACUUUGCAAGAGGAGAUCCCGUCUGACGAUAGCCUGGUCGAGUCUGUGACCUCUCAGCAUUUUCCAGUGUGUGGCUCUCUAACACGAACGCUGGACAGUGGCAUUGGCACUUUCCCACCGCCUGACUAUUGCAGUGGAAUGCCUUGUAAGAGUAUGCCGAAGCUGAAGCCUCGAGUUGACCCUCCACCAGCUGGCCCUUUUCCCGCCAGGGGCCCCCCACCCAUCACCAGGGUGCCCCGCAAAGCACGGACAUUGGAGAGGGAAGUGCCCAACGCAGAGGACCUGCUGGGACCCAGCAAGCACCAAAGCAUGCCAGCAUUUCAUGGGGUCUUAACCAGUGCUGAGCCACCCUUGGGGCAUCAUGACCACAGGGACUGCCCAGAAGAUCUCUGCAGUGAACCCAGCAAACCACGACACACCCAAGUGAGCAAGAACUGGACUUUCCCCAAUGCCAAAGCAUCUGUUGGUGCAGAUCCCUUCUUUUGCUCCCCUCACGGGUUGGAGGGUCUUCACAGUUCUGCAAUGGGCUCAGCUGGCAGCAUCGUUGAGAGAAGGCGUACCUCGUCAGAUGGGCCUCAGGCCUCGCCAGCCUUUAGCACCAGCAGCAGCCGUACCCCAAGCGCCUCCGAUGUAGGUGAAGAGGGCAGUAUGGAGGCCCGUUCCCAAGAUAUGGGGCCAGAAGGGCAGCAAGGCCUGGAGAACUCUGAGUCCCUCAGUGACUCUCUUUAUGACAGCUUGUCCUCAUGCGGCAGCCAGGGCUGAGCAUGGCCCAGGGGGUGGGUGGGUGGGUGGAAUGAGGGCACUUGCUUCCCUGGCUCACACUGCAACGUGCUCUGGCCCGAUGCUUCAAAAUGCUCCAGUAUUGGCUGCAGGCACCUGCUUGAUCCUCCUUAACCAAAUAUCUGCCCUCUGCCAGAACACAACGUGUCUUCCACACCCAGUGCUCCCGCCUGACUUCAAGCAUGGGUUGCUUUUUUUAAAAACCAGGGCUCUAGGAGACUGUCAAGUGGAGCAAUAGAAGAAAGGGAUGGAGUAGUGCAUGUAUAUAAUAGAAACUGAUUACAUGCACUUGCUUCUACCAAAUGACAGUAGGCUUGCUUAGCUGGGAUCUCUGCUUCAUCUCAAGUGGUCUUCCCAUUGAUUUGAAGCCCCCAGAAUGAGGUCUGGGCUCUGUCUUGCCUUGCCAAUCAAACGGCCUGCUUGCCGACAUCGUAAAUUCAUUGUGGCGCAAGUCAGGUCCAAGGCAUCCUGCAGGUGCUGGCUUGUUGAGCUGAAGUGUUCUAUGUUAAGGGUAUCCCCUCAAAAGAGUCAGUUGCAGAGCACUGGAAAAGUUCCUUGUUUGGACCACAGCCCAGGCCCAGCCAAUAUAGCUACUGUCCCCGAUAGCUGGGAAAUUGUGUCCCUCCCAAAGGUAGUCUUCCAACUUUCAAUAGAGUAUUCCAGUUUAAGGCUAUUGAUCUCCAGUAUUCACCAGCUAAACAGUAUUGCCUUGAUCUCCAUUUUUCAGACUGGCAGGUGACAGUCCCUGAAUGGGCAUACCCAGGCUCUCAAAUAUCCUUCCAGGUUGGAGAUCCCCCUGGGUUUGCAUCUAAACAAAACAGCUCCUUUUUUUUUACCUCAUGGGCUGUGCAGUCUUGCCUAAGCGUAUUAUUCAGGUUCCUUGUGACAGUAGGGAGGCACCUGAGAUGUUACGAAAUCCAGGAGAUCCUUCCACUUGCAAAGGAACAAGUAGUGGGAUGCCCUCACCCCCUCACAUUGAAGAGCAUGGCUCCUGAAUGUGGGAGGGGUUGGACAGGUUGGCCAGCUAGUGCCCACACCUUCCUCUUGUUGCAGUUUCAGUGUUAUCUUGGUUUCCUUUUCUCCCCUGGAAGUUUCAAGCAAUCACUUUUCCUCUUCUUACCCUAAUGUUCUCAUCCAGUGGGACCAAGAGGCUGGGAAUCGUCUAAAGAAGAACCUGGUCUCCUUGGGACCUGGAGCUACUGUGGGUCUGGGAUGGAUAGCUGGGUCCCUUCUAUGUAACUUUUUUUUAAGUUAAGUUAUUGAUGUUGCCCUUCUAAUUUCCACACAGUUGAACCAUGUCUUCUCUUUCUGUUUUUAUGGGAACCGUGUGGGUUCUCCAAAUGGUGCUGUUUUGCUGUGUACAGACUCCUCCCCCACUCUCGAGUCUUUCCUUUGUUGUCCUUUUUUUAAAAAAUUGGGAUUUUUUUUAAAAAAGAAAUAUUAAGACUUUUUUGCUUUUCUUAUUUAUAUAAGUUAUUGUGAAAUAAGGCUGUUUUUUGUCUUGAUCUCCCCCAAAAUAAAAGGGUUUUUUAAAAAUA